GCUGGAAACUCUCACCCCGGCAAGCUUUUGGACAUACGAUUCUGCGAAGGCCUUGCUAUUUCUAGCAUCGCGGAGCUAUACUACGCCGGCUUGAACAGCUCAACGCAAACUGGAACAGGGUACGGCAGUAUGUAGGCAUUUACUUCUAACUGGGCUGGGAUCCUACUACCCGGCACUCCUAUCCACUGACCCAUAUCUCCAGGCUCGCUCCCCGCCAUGCACUGGAUUCGAGCCGCCCUCUCCGUCCUCGAUGCCGUUACGAUCUCGCGCAAUCGCUUUAUACUGGCAAUCGAAGUAACGAGCCCAAUUCCCCAUACCACGCCGGGAACUGCUACACUCCGGUGUCAGCUGUGCUUGACGGCUCCGCAAGAACGACAAAUAUCGUCUCGGUUCGAUCCGCGAUACACAAAGCAAAGACAACAGGAAGGCCAGCAGGAGCGAGAUCAAAAAGGCGCCGGUGCAUCCCUUGUGCUACAUUGCGGCGGCCAUGUGUACGCAGACGCGCCGCAUGUUCUCGUCCACGAUUCCGUACACUGGGAAGCAGACGGCUACCUUGACAUCCGACCCAUUUGCAUGGCGCGCUCAUCAAUACCAGCAGAAACACAAGAGACACAAGAAACACAACAGCCCAUAGCCGCCAUGUGCCGCCCGCUUACGGAUGACCCCAGGCAAUCCUUCCUCCUCGUCGCCGGUACCCACCUCCAACACCACAUACUGAGCUCACGAUCUCCCCGCCGAUCUACCAUUUCUCGUGUGGGGACGCAUUGCGAUCCAGCAGAUCCACAAGUAGGACACUACAACGAUCCAUCGCGCUGCAACGGUCUACUCCGAGAAACUAGCAACGCCGUUUUGGUCCUCCCGAGGGCUGCUCGCAUCGUCGAACCCCUAUAGACGCUGCGAUCAUGCUGCCGUCCGGGUUAUACCACCGUACGAUCCACCCUCGAGUAAAGAAGCCCCGGUAUAAUUAUCACGGCCGAUCCGAGACAUGCGCUUGCUGGCGAACAACGAAGAGGAAUACGGAGAUCCACGGUGGCAACGCCGGCCCAGACACCAAUAACCACAGUCCACCCCCUUGGACCUAAGUGUGCUGGGCAUAAUUCACAUUGGAGCUGCGCAACAGGUUCACAAAUCCUGCAACUGGGGAGCAGAGCGUCUGAGGACUGGAGAUACCAUACCUAGGUAAAGGAAAAUUCAAAGCGUCUGGGCACGACGGCUCUGCCCAAGUAUCUAGG